AUGCAGCUGCUGCUGUUGUCGUUGUUAGCCGCUGCUGUUGUUGCUGCUACUGUUGCUGCUGCUGCUGUUGUUGCUGCUGUUGUUGCUGCUGUUGUUGUUGCUGCUGUUGUUGCUGUUAUUGUUGUUGCUGUUAUUGUUGUUGCUGUUAUUGUUGUUGCUGUUAUUGUUGUUGCUGUUAUUGUUGUUGCUGUUGUUGUUGUUGCUGUUAUUGUUGUUGCUGUUAUUGUUGUUGCUGCUGUUGUUAGCUGCUGCGGUUGUUGUUAUGCGUUUUGUGCUGUGUAA